UACUUUUUUUUCUCCCGUUUUCUCGCCCCGCGGCAAUCCGGUGGCGGUCCGCGGCGAGCCGUGUACUUAUCGCGCGCGCGCGCGCGCGCGCACGGCCACCACCACCGUCGCCGUAGCCGUCGUCGUCGCGCGCGCCAGCCUCGUCUCGGCCAGUGUAACCCGCGACAUCCGACCAUGCGCAAACGUCCGGACCACAGCUACAGCCGGCACGUCGCGACGACACCGUGAAGAGACGAGAUAUGCGCGGCACUGCGCUCUUCGCCACCGUCGCCGUCCUCCUAACCCUCUUGGUAUCGCAUUGCGCGGGCCGUCCUUGGCAUCAACGGCGGCAGCAACGGCAGAGACCAUCAGUGCCACCAACGCGGCCGGCGGCGGYUUCGACGGUCGCUUCGAUUUACGUGGAAUACGAUGAUCCAUCUGUGGCCGUCAACGGACAACUGCCCUCGUCGGACCAGAGCCUGCAGCAGCAGGAAUCGCCCGAAGCGGAUUACGGGGAUCCGGAGCGGAUGUUCGUGGAACCGGAACGGGUGUACGCGGAACCGGAACAGAACUACGAAGUGGAUGAGGCUGUGAGCGUGCUAAGCGACGGACGCGUACACGGCGUGCAGCAGCAACCGACGCCAACGACUGCGGUGUCCGGGAGUUAUGACGCCAACAGCGUCACCGAUAGCGGCAUCACCGACAUCGCCAUCACCGGCUUCACCGCCACUUCGACCACCACCUCGACUACCACGAGCACGACUCAGGCGAUGGAAACCCGUAAGAGCGGUUACGUGGUGGACGGAAAACACUACCGGAAGUACAGGGUCGAGGAAGAGACGCCGGACGGGUUCAUCGUGGGCGAGUACGGAGUAGUCAGCCACCACGACGGCACCACCAGAGGCGUCCGGUACACGGCCGACAGUAGCAUCAACCCGCGGGUCAUAUACGAAGCACUCGCCAAGUUUUUGGCCCUCAGGCGCCGCCGGUAGACGGCCCGCCGACGGACGAUGGCGAACUGCCGCUGAACAUACGUCAUAAUAUUAUUAUAGUAUAAUAAUCGUCGAUUAUCAAUAUUAUAGUAUAGAUAAGUUCGCUGUCGUUCGAAACUAUCUUUUUUUUUUUUUAAACGAAAUUUCUAGUCAGGUUCUAUUAUGCUUGUCACCGAAGCCGCAGCCAUCGACGUCGUCUCCAAUCACAGCCGACCUCAAAACGAAUAAAUAGAAGACCAACAACAAACAUCGUACUCAAACAUAAUAUAAUAGUAAUAAUAAUAAUAUAUUAUAAAUAUUUGCGCGCGCGUUUUGUCCGAAUCGCGUUCAGUGCCAUUUUCCGCGAAUAUAUAGUGUGACGGAGCUACAUCGUAUAUAUAUAAGACACGCUCACUCGGAAUAUAAUAUAUAAUAAUAUGUUUUUUUACUGUGACUGAAUGAAAAUUUGGAAAAAUGUAAAUUUAUAUAAUAAUAAAUGUUUCGAUCGAAAUAAACGUGCGUGACAUGUACAACAACAA